AUCCUCUUCCUCUUCGUCGUCACAGAUCACUAAGGAGUUUUUUGUUUUUUCCGUUUUCGAAUUCAGUUUCCUUUCUUCUGGCGUUUUUUUGUUUCCUCUAUCUUCUAUCUCCGGCAAUAAUCUCGUCUCGUUGUAAUGAUUUCAAAGCUCAAAAGCAUAAAGCCUGACGUUCUCUCGUCGUCGCGUAUCUCGGAAACUUUAAUAUCCGUAUCUAAAGAGUUAAAAUAAAGCAAUCUUCUUUCUUUUUUUUUUUUCCCGAAGUUGGCCCAAGUUUGAAGUUAUUCCAUACUUUAUCUUGAAACUUAGAUCAUACUUUUGACAAAUAUUUGAGAUCGGUUUUAGGAUUUUCUCGUUUAUUUGGGUAUAAUUCUGCUCAGAUUGCGUUUCUUCCUUAUCAGUUUCUUUUUUUUUUUUGAUCUGGAAGCGAAGAACAAUCAUAAAAAUUAGAUCUUGGACUAAUAUCAUGUUUCAUUGAUCUGAAAUUUCUGUAUAAAGUGGGAUUUUUUUUUUCCUUUUUCGGUGUUCUGGUUUUUGAGUGAUAUCGCAAUGCCGUUUAAUACGAGAAUCCAACCGAUCGACUCCGAUUUAUCGGAAGAGCUACCUUUCCCGGAGCCGAUGAAGCAAAUGCCAAAAUCGCGGCUGAAGCGUCUCUUUGAGCGUCAGUUCACUAUGAAGAACGCAUCGGAGAAAUUUACCGUCGGCGAUUUUCAGGCGCCGCUUUCAAGAGGCAAUUCGGGAGAUUUCGAGCCGAGCUCGGUCUGUUUGACGAAGAUGGUUUUAAACUUCAUCGAGGAUAACAACGGCGAGAAACAGCGGUGUGGUCGUAGCCGAUGCAGCAACUGCUUUACCGGGAGUGGCACGGAGAGCUCCGACGAAGAACCUGAAUGGUCCGAUGGUCUGAAAUGUUCUUCCAGUGAAGCUUGCGAAAUUCUCAAGAGUUUGGUCCUUUGUACGAGCGUCUGUGAGAAGAAUUUAAUGGCCGAUGUGACCAAGAUUGUGGAAACUAGUAAGAAUUGUAAGCGUAAAGACGAAUCUUGCUUGAAAACUGUGGCCAAUGGGUUGGUGAGCUUAGGAUAUGAUGCGGCUCUGUGCAGAUCUCGCUGGGAGAAAUCACCUUCUUGUCCUGCUGGGGAAUACGAGUAUGUGGACGUGAUGAUCGAAGGUGAAAGACUGUUGAUUGACAUUGAUUUCAAGUCGAAAUUCGAGAUUGCUCGUGCAACAAAGACCUACAAGUCGAUUCUGCAAACUCUGCCUUACAUCUUUGUGGGCAAAGCGGAUCGGUUGCAGAGGAUCAUCAUGCUUAUAUCUAAAGCCGGAAAGCAGAGCCUAAAGAAGAAAGGACUUCAUGUGCCGCCUUGGAGGAGAGUUGAGUAUGUUAAAUCAAAGUGGCUCUCUCCUUAUGUUCGUGCAGAUCAAAAGUCAGAUGAAGAAGACAAGCAGGAACCAGUAGAUAUGUUAGCUAAAUCGGUUGGUUCCAUAGUCUUCGGUGUUUGAAGUUUGUGUGAAGCUCUAUAUACAUAUAUUAUAUAUGACAUAAGCCUCUAGAGAUGUCUGAGAUAGAGGAGUAAUCGAGUCCCUUAUAGUUUUUGAUGUAAGGGUAUGAAUCGAUGAAGAUCAUACACUCAUAGUGUGUCUCCCCUUAUCUUUCUUUUUUUCUGGUGUAAGGGAGAGUGUGAUCCGACUCUGUGACUCUGUCGUUUCUUUGUGAGAUUAUUAUUAUUAUUAUUGUGCUUGAGACAUUCAUAAUCAUUUGAGAAGAAAAAAA